GGGCCGAGCUAUGUAAGCUAUCUGGGACCGGGUCUCCCGCUCGUCCCACCCGGGGCUGAGCUUCCUCGCGAGGGGUCCGCGCGUACGUCCACACAGACGUGCACGUGGGUGCCUAGGUGCGCGCGUCCACACGUGUCCGGCCGGCCUUGCCCGGGGCCGGUACCUUCGCGCCUCCCCGGGACGCCGGGACGGGGGCGGCCGAUGACCGGGGCCCGAUGAGGGGGUCCGGGCUGCUGUUCGCGGGGCUCCUCCUGCUCCACGUGGGCAGGCCGGGGGCCGCGGAGGGUCUCAGCUUCCCCGCCUACGACGGCCGGGACCGGGUGGCCAGCCUGGGCGACAAGAACUUCAAGCAGGCGGCCAAGAAGUUCCAGCUGCUCGGCCUGUUCUACCACGAGCCCGUGGCCACGGACAAGGUCUCCCAGAAGCAGUUCCAGAUGCAGGAGAUGGUGUUGGAGCUCGUGGCCCAGGUCCUGGAACACAAAGAUAUCGGCUUCGGCAUGGUGGAUGCCAAGAAAGAUGCCAAGCUGGCCAAAAAACUGGGCUUGGACGAAGAAGGCAGCCUCUACGUGCUCAAGGGGGAUCGCACCAUCGAGUUCGACGGAGAAUUCGCCGCCGACGUCCUGGUGGAAUUUCUGCUGGAUCUGCUGGAAGACUCGGUGGAGAUCAUCACCAGCAAGCUGGAGUUGCAGGCCUUCCACCGCCUUGACGACUAUAUCAGACUCAUCGGCUUCUUCAAGAGCGAAGACUCCGAAUACUACAAGGCCUUCCAAGAAGCAGCUGAGCAUUUCCAGCCUUAUAUCAAAUUCUUUGCUACAUUCGACAAGGGGGUCGCCAAGAAGCUCGGCCUGAAACUGAACCAGGUGGACUUCUAUGAGCCGUUCAUGGAGGAGCCCGUCCCCAUCCCCGAGAAGCCGUACACGGAGGAGGAGCUGGUGGACUUCGUCAAGCAGCACCGCCGAGCCACCCUGCGUAAGCUGCGUCCCAAGGAUAUGUUCGAGACCUGGGAGGACGAUAUAGACGGGACCCACAUCGUGGCCUUUGCUGAGAAGGAUGACCCCGAUGGCUUUGAGUUCCUGGAGAUCCUGAAGCAGGUCGCCAGGGACAACACGGACAAUCCCGACCUGAGCAUCGUGUGGAUCGACCCAGAUGACUUCCCUCUGCUGAUCGCCUACUGGGAGAAGACGUUUAAGAUCGACCUGUUCAAGCCCCAGAUUGGCGUGGUGAACGUGACCGACGCCGACAGCGUCUGGAUGGACAUCCGGGACGACGACGACCUGCCCACGGCCCAGGAGCUCGAGGACUGGAUCGAAGACGUGCUCUCCGGGAAGAUCAACACCGAGGACGACGACGACGACGAGGAGGAGGACGACGAAGACGAUGACGACUCCGAGGAGGAGGAGGAGGAGGAGGAGGACGACGACGACGACGACUAGACCCGACCCCCCGUUUCUCCUUGGGGACCCCGGGUCGCGCUCACCCACCGGGCGGAGGGGCCCGUCUUCAAGUAGAAAGUGUCAAGACCCUCUCGCGACGGGUACCCCUUUCCCCGGAAACGUCGGUCAGGACCCCUGGCCGUCGGGCCGGGCCCCGGGGGGUGCCGGGAGUUCUAAACUCCCCUUGCCUAGGGUGGGGGGGCUCCCAUCUCUGGCGAUGAGGCAACCCCGCCCCCUCUGUCACCACAUCCGCCCCUGCCACCGUGGCUAAAACCGUCCCCUCGCACGUCGCUUGUCCGAGUUCCCGCCCGUCUCUCCCUCUAGACCCUAAGCUCGUGGUAGGCAGAGAACGCAUCUGCUAACUCUAUCGUACGGUCCUCUCCCAAGUGCUCAGUACAGUGCUCUGCCCAUCGUAAGCGCCCCAAUAAACACCGUUGAUCGAU